GGACGGAGUCCGCUGUGAAGAUUAGAAAGUCGUCGGGACUCACAGAGUGCGGUUCGCGAAUUCGGAGGGACAAUCCCGUGCCGUGGCGUAAGGAUCGUUUGUGUGAGCGAAGCUGGUUUUAUCGUGUGUUGAGUUCUAGAAACUAAAGGUGAAGCUAGAGAAAUAAAUCGAGAGAGACAAGUUUUUAUUGUUUUGUUUUCUUGUGUGAAACGUUGCUUUGAAAAUCAGACGAAUAUCAAUUUCUUCGUCUAUUAUUUCUGCCGAUAGUCAUUGUUGGCCUUUCUGGUUCCGAAUAAACUGCAAGAUUAUUGUGAAUCUGAUAUCCGUUCCGUAUAACUGUACGAAACAGCGUCACGUAGCAAAAAAAAAGGCAAUCGAUCCUGAAAGUGAAAUAUUAUCGCCGCCGCUCCUACGUCGUCCAACCGCCAGCGACAAUCGAUCGUACCAAGAGAGAGCUUGUCGCUUGAGCGUUUCGUCAAGUUAUACGUCGUCAUUGUCAUCGUAUGCAGCCAAUCCAAAGCAGCUUACCCGAGCCCGCAGUUUUCAAUCGCUGAUCACUGCAGCCAGCUUUGCUUUUACGCGAGCGUAACCAAGCAUCGGUGGUGUCGUCGCCAUUUUGAAUCAGUAUUUGUUUGAAAUCCGUCGCCGUUCCGGUUGCCCGUGGGCCUGUGUGCGCGGCAGAAGGAGAAGCGGAUCGAUCGAAGCUGAAAGCAGCUGCAGGAGGAACCCGCGCAAGUCCCAAAGCUGGCUUCCAACAACUCUGCCGUUAGCCUAAGAACGGUAAUAAAGAGAACGUGACGCAGUGAAAGAGGAAGCAGAAAAAGAAGAAAAAGAAUAAUAGUUCAAUACUUGGACCAACGACAGCACUACCACGUAGCCAAAAUGAGGUUGGAAAUCGUGUCUGCGGCGGACUUUCUCGUGCAUUUAUUAAGGCUGCAAACCGGACAGCUGUCCGAGCGGCAGCUCCAAAUGUUCAAAUCAUCGCUCUCCGAGGUACUACGACGCCGAUACAGGGAUCACUGGUUUCCGGACCGGCCAAAUCGGGGUUCGGGAUACCGAUGCCUCCGCAUAAACGGUAAAAUGGACCCGGUGAUCGCCCAGGCUGGAGCCAACGUCGGUCUCCUGCCCGCCGUUCUUCACAAUCUGUUUCCGACGGAGCUGACUAUGUGGAUCGACCCUGCUGAGGUCUCGUACAGGAUCGGCGAGAACGGCUCGAUUUGUGUUCUGUACGAACGUACGGAGCCGGACCCGGAGGAGUCGCAACAGUUUGAGAGCUGCAAGGAAUCGUUAUUCAUGGAGCACACGCAGUUCAGCGAGCAAAUUGCCGCUUACGUAUCAAGUUGAGCCAAUCGCCCGCAACAACUUGCAAACAACAACAACACCAAUAACAACACGAUCUUCUCAAGCUCGCUUAGAAGUUCAGUCGCUCUUCAUUCAAUCAUCUCUCAUUAUACAUACCGAAGCUCGCAUAUAUUUCAUCUAAUACUGUUAUUAUUAUAUCUGCUGUUGUCGCGGUACGAUAUUAUCAAACAACUCUCUGCCCAACGGCGGUAUUUCGAAACGCGGCCGUCUCGCUGAUUCUCCAUCUCCAGCGUCCUUCCAGAGGGACCAAAAACGAGUAAUUACUGUUCACACUCCACCAAUGAUCUCAAAGGAAAGAA